AUAAUGGAACUGUCUGAUACUGGCAACAAGAUUAUUGACCAUGACGAAGCUUAUGAAGAUCAAGAAAAUAUUUUGCCUCAUGAAGAAUGUUAUAAUGAUGUUCAGGAAAAUAUUCCGUCUCGUGCUGGAAUAGUCAAAAGAAGACCACUUGAGACGCUUUCAAUACCUGAUGAU